CCUUUUCUUUUCCGACUGAUGUGAUAAAGUAAAACUAGUUGCCUCUCAUCUCAUGAUCUGUUCUUCCCAUAAGGCCGCAACUGUUUCUUAUACACCUUCAUUUGAUUCAACUAUCAUGCCAAGUUAACUUUCAAUUUUCUUCAUCUGGGAACUGGUUAUUAAUUUUCAUGCCACCCAUUUGUUUAUUUUAAUUUCACAUUGCAAUUUUAGUGGCUGGAGAUUUACCCUUUAUGUGUUUCAUGUUUUUUUCCCUCCCGGCCAUCUUUCACCACAGUCAGGUGUUAAAAAGACACUCAACGAGGUGAAUUCUCGCAGCAAAAGUUGGAACCUUAGUUCGCAAGACUAUGAUGAUGAUGAUGAUGAGUGAGAUGUGGAAGUCAAGAGAUCUAUUUUUCUCUUUUGUUGUUCUUGCAACCUUUCAGCUAGCAGUGUCGGAUGGGCACCAACCUCUCUCCAAAGUUGCAAUUCAUAAAACAACACUUGCUCUUGAUGAACGUGCUUAUAUCAAAGCCACUCCUAAUGUCCUUGGCUUGACGGGACAAAAUACAGAAUGGGUUACGCUGCAAUACAGUAAUUCGAAACCCACUGUAGAAGAUUGGAUUGGAGUGUUUUCUCCUGCAAACUUCAGUGCUUCUACAUGCCCUGCAGAAAACGGAAGGGUUGAUCCCCCACUUCUAUGUUCUGCGCCUAUCAAGUAUCAAUAUGCCAAUUUCUCUAGUAAUAGUUACAAGACCACAGGAAAAGGUUCCUUGAAGCUUCAGUUGAUUAAUCAGAGAUCCGACUUCUCAUUUGCCCUUUUCACAGGUGGCUUAACAAGUCCAAAGCUCGUUGCCGUGUCAAAUAAAGUAUCAUUCGUCAAUCCAAAUGCACCAGUAUAUCCCCGAUUAGCACAAGGGAAAACAUGGAAUGAAAUGACUGUAACAUGGACAAGUGGAUAUGGAAUCAGUGAAGCUGAACCUUUUGUGGAAUGGGGCCCAAAAGGAGGGAACCGUGUGAAAUCUCCUGCUGGGACACUGACUUUUGAUCGCAACACCAUGUGUGGUGCACCAGCAAGAACUGUUGGAUGGCGUGACCCAGGAUAUACGCACACUAGUUUUCUGAAGGAGUUGUGGCCCAACAGAGAGUACAUAUACAAGCUGGGGCAUAGACUAUUUAAUGGUACAGUAAUAUGGAGUGAAGAAUACCAGUUCAAAGCAUCUCCUUUUCCAGGUCAAAAUUCCUUGCAACGUGUAGUCAUAUUCGGUGAUAUGGGAAAGGCAGAAGCUGAUGGCUCCAAUGAAUUUAAUAAUUACCAGCCUGGCUCACUCAACACUACUAAACAGAUUAUAAAAGACUUAAAAGACGUAGAUAUAGUCUUCCACAUUGGUGAUUUAUGCUAUGCGAGUGGAUACCUUUCACAGUGGGAUCAGUUUACUGCACAAAUCGAGCCAAUUGCAUCAACUGUACCAUAUAUGACGGCAAGUGGCAAUCAUGAACGUGACUGGCCAGGGACCGGAUCAUUUUAUGGGACCAUGGAUUCUGGUGGUGAAUGUGGUGUACCGUCUCAAACCAUGUUUUAUGUACCAGCUGAGAACAGGGAAAAUUUCUGGUACUCAGCUGAUUAUGGUAUGUUCAGAUUCUGCAUAGCUAACACAGAACUCGAUUGGAGAAAAGGAUCAGAACAGUAUAAAUUCAUUGAAAAUUGCCUAGCUUCGGUUGACCGACAGAAACAGCCAUGGCUGAUAUUUCUUGCGCAUAGGGUACUUGGUUAUUCUUCUGCUGACUUCUAUGUGGCAGAAGGCUCUUUUGAAGAACCAAUGGGAAGGGAGGAGCUUCAAUAUCUCUGGCAAAAGUAUAAGGUUGACAUAGCAAUGUAUGGACAUGUCCAUAACUACGAAAGAACUUGCCCUGUGUAUCAGAAUAUCUGCACUAAUAAAGAGAAGCACAGUUACAAGGGCCCCUUGAAUGGUACAAUACAUCUAGUGGUUGGGGGAGGAGGAGCAUCCCUUGCUGAAUUUGCUCCCAUAAACACCAGAUGGAGUAUAUUUAAAGACCAUGACUUUGGAUUUGUCAAGCUUACAGCAUUUGACCAAUCAAACCUGUUGCUUGAAUACAAGAAAAGCAGUGAUGGACAAGUUUAUGACUCUUUCAGAAUAUCCAGGGAGUACAGGGAUAUAUUGGCUUGCACCGUUGAUAAUUGUCCACCUACAACUCUAGCAUCAUGAUCUACAAAGGUAAAGAAAAAAUGUUGAUUAAAUUGAUGCUUUUAUUGGUUGAAUAAAAAGCUACGUCUGAUCUUAAUGAAGUGAGGCAACUGAAGUGUUUGGUUUAAAGUUAAAGUUUGGAAUUUAUACUGUCUAAGAGAAGCCACUUAUUGCUGAAGUCAUGCUUGCUUUAAGAUGAAAACCCCACUGUUACAAUGAACAGGAAAUUAUAUAUCACAUUAUUGGGGUAUGU